UCUGCGCUGCCCGGUAGGAGCGGGGCGGGCAGCGGGGCCGGGGGCUCGGCGGAGGAAGGGGAGGGCGGUGGGGUGGUUCCCCGGCCCUGUCCCGGUGUCCGCGGGCCCCGUCCCCAUCCCUGGCCCCGGGGUGUCCCCGCUCCCGUCCCGCUCCCUGGCCACAGGGUGUUUCGGUCCCCAUCCCGGUCCCCGGGGUGUUGCCAUCCCCGCUCCUGUCCCCAAAGUGUCCCCGCUCCUGUCCCCAUCUCUGUUCCCAGAGUGUCCCCUGGCCCCAUCCACAUCCCUGGCCCCAGGGUGUCCCCAUGGCCGAGAUGUCCCCAUCCCCACCUCUUUCCCUAGGCUGUCCCAUCCUUGUCCCCAGGAUAUCCCCGUUCCCAGGGUGACCCCCAUCCCCAGGAUGUCCCCAGGGGUCUGACCCCUACGGGUGGCUGGAAGCGGUGGGACGGGGCGAUUUGGGCAGCCUGGACCCCACAUCCCACCUCCCCCCCUUUGAACCCCCCCCCCCCCCCCGCUGCUUUUCCGCCCCGCCAGGGAUUUCCACCCACCGGGGCGAAGAUGAAGCCGGAGGCGCCGCCGAGCCCGCGCCGCGAGACGCUGUUCCGGCGCGAGGCGGCCAGCGGGGUCACCUACCGCAUCCCGGCGCUGCUCUACCUGCCGCCCGCCGCCACCUUCCUGGCCUUCGCCGAGAAGCGCUCGUCCGCCCGCGACGAGGACGCCGAGCACCUGGUGCUGCGGCGGGGCCGGCGGCGCGGCGCCGCGGUGGAGUGGGGCCCCGUGGAGGAGCUGCCGCAGCUGACGCUGCCCGGCCACCGCGCCAUGAACCCCUGCCCCGUGUACGAGGCGGCCGCCGGCGCCGUCUUCCUCUUCUGCAUCUGCGUGCGGGGCCGGGUGACGGAGCGGCGGCAGCUGGCGUCGGGCCGCAGCGCCGCCCGCCUCUGCUGCGCCGCCAGCCGCGACGGCGGCCGCAGCUGGGCGCCGCUGCGCGACCUCACCGAGCAAGCCGUGGGGCCCGACCUGCGCCGCUGGGCCACCUUCGCCGUGGGGCCGGGCCACGGCGUGCAGCUGGCCGCCGGGCGCCUGGCCGUGCCCGCUUACGCCUACUACGUGCACCGGCGGCUCUGCGGGCUGCCGCUGCCCUGCUGCACCAAGCCGCACGCGCUGGUCUUCUACAGCGACGACCGGGGAGGCAGCUGGCGCAAGGGCGAGCUGGUCGAGGGGCUGCGGACGAGCGAGUGCGAGGUGGCCGAGGUGGCCGCCGGCGACGGCGGCACCGUGCUCUACUGCAGCGCCCGCACCCGGCGCCGGUGCCGGGCCGUGGCGCUCAGCGCCGACCUGGGGCUGAAAUUCGGCCGCUCGGCGCCCUGCGAGCAGCUCUGCGAGCCGCCCCGCGGCUGCCAGGGCAGCGUGGUGAGCUUCGCCGCGCCGGCGGCCGCCCACGCCGACGGUGCCGCCGACGGUGCCGCCGACACCAAUGGUGCCACCGACGGUGCCGCCGACGGUGCCGCCGGCGCCGGCGCCUCCUGGCUCCUCUUCUCGCACCCCACGGACAAGCGCCGCCGGCGCGACCUGGGCGUUUAUCUCAACCCGUCGCCGCUGGAGCGCGCGGGCUGGCGGCGGCCCUGGGUGCUCUACGAGGGACCCUGCGGCUACUCGGACCUGGCCGCCUGCCCCGGCGGCCUCUUCGGCUGCCUGUUCGAGUGCGGGGCGGCCGGCGAGUGCGAGGAGAUCGCCUUCUGCGUCUUCACCCGCCGGCAGCUCCUGGACGCCUGCGGCCGGCCGGCCGGCGAGCCCGGGGCCGCCUAGCAGCCGCCCUCCCUUGCUUUUAAUUUAUUUCGUUUUGUUUCGUUUUUAACUCCGCGUACCGGCGGGCUCGGCACGGCCGGCGAAUCUGCGCCCCCGGCAGCCCCCGCUGCGGGGCUUCGAUCCCCUUUUCGAAGGCAUCCGCGUCUCUCGCAGCCUCCUCCACGCUCGCUCCACCCAGCCGCACAGCUAUAUUUAUUUAUUUAUAUAUAUAUAUAUAUAUAUAUAUAAAAAAAACCAAACCAACUCAUCUUCCGAAGACGUUUCAGCCGAUGCAAAUCAUGCAAGCGACUUCAGCGCUUGCUCCUAGCUGACACUUUGCGACGGCGGAAGAGCAGGUUGUGUCCGGCAGCUGGGAGGGACGCCCCGUUCCCACGGUCUUUUCUGCUAAAAUACGAUUUUCAUUUUA